CCAUAAGCAGUUACAAAAAACACUAGGCCAAACACCCCCUUAACACUUUCUUCUUAACUUCUUCAACUCAUACAUUCCAUCUGGGCUCUUCAUUUAUUUCCUUAAAGUCGCUUCCUUUUUUCAUCUUUUUGACCCAAACAUUCUUUCUUCUUUUUAACUUUUUGUAACUUGUAUGUAUAUAUAUUAUUGGGUGUGAAUAAAGUUUGUAUCUUUUUCUGUGGGUCUGACUUAAAAAUGUCGUUUUUGAAAGUAUCCAUAUAAGGUGUUUGUGAAAAAUCUUGAAAGAGAAUUUGUAGAUAGAAAAUGGGAUCUGGAAAUGGGUUUUAUUCAGCUGAGUUUAGUUUGGAAUCAAAGUGGUUGAUUGAUCCAAAGCUUCUUUUUGUUGGUCCAAAGAUUGGUGAAGGUGCACAUGCUAAAGUCUAUGAGGGCAAAUAUAAAAACAAGACCGUUGCUAUCAAAAUUGUGAACAAAGGCGAUACGCCUGAGAACAUUGCGAAAACAGAAGGUCGGUUUGCGAGAGAAGUUGCAAUGUUAUCUAAAGUGCAACACAAGAAUUUAGUAAAGUUUAUCGGAGCGUGUAAGGAACCAGUCAUGGUCAUAGUAACCGAGCUUCUUACUGGUGGUACAUUAAGGAAAUACUUGGUGAAUCUGAGGCCAAGGGGAUUGGAUAUACGUGUUGCUAUCGGUUUUGCACUUGAUAUAGCUCGUGCAAUGGAAUGCUUACACUCACACGGGAUUAUUCACCGUGACUUAAAACCAGAAAAUCUGCUGUUGACAGCAGACCACAAGAUUGUAAAACUUGCUGAUUUUGGUUUAGCGAGGGAAGAAUCAUUAACAGAGAUGAUGACCGCAGAAACUGGAACAUAUCGUUGGAUGGCUCCAGAGCUUUACAGCACUGUGACAUUGAGGCAUGGUGAGAAGAAGCAUUAUAAUCACAAGGUUGAUGCGUACAGCUUUGCAAUCGUCCUGUGGGAACUCAUACACAAUAAGUUACCCUUUGAAGGGAUGUCAAAUCUUCAGGCCGCCUAUGCUGCUGCUUUCAAGAAUGUGAGGCCAAGUGCUGACGACCUCCCUGAGGAUUUGGCAUUAAUCGUGACAUCUUGUUGGAAAGAGGAUCCAAAUGCUAGGCCAAACUUCAGUCAAAUUAUACAAAUGCUUAAUCAUUACUUAUCUGCCAACUUUCCACCCGAACCCAGGCCCACUGCUAUCCCAUCUCGAAUUUUCGCUUCUCAAAAUGCCGUUUUUUCUCCUGAUUCUCCUGGGACAAGCACCUUGAUUGCAAAAACAGAUGAAUCAAUCGAGGGAACACCAAAAGCACCAACUGAACAUAGCACCAGAGGAGAGCAUGUUCGACACAUGGAAGAUUUCGAGAGGCAUUCGAGAUGGCUCCCGACUGAUCAGGUUGUUGUUUCUCAUUGCUAAGCGAAGGCACGCUUACUACAUAGUUUUCUCUUUAUAACUUAUAUAUACAGUAGUAAUUUUCUUCUUUUACUAGUGCCUAAGCCUAAUAGGUCCCAUUGGUUUGUCAAGUUUAGCUUCCGUAAAUGGGGCGACGUGCCGUCCAUCUAUUGAAUGUGAUAGUCAUAUCAUAUUAUAUGUACUUCACUUUUGGAACUGUAUUUAUAAAACUCAUCGGGGUAUCUUGUUAACCCAAAAAAUAAAAAAUGAUAUGUUUGAUAA